UCGAUGUCUAAAAAGUCUUAUGUCUUUCAAAUUGUCAAAUUGGCAACUUUGUCGUUUUCCGGCACUUAUCGUCCGGCGUUUGUUAUUCUUGGAACACCUUGGUCGGUUAUCAAACAAUAUAUGUCUUGUAAUAGACUAAUCGUCUGAGUUACGACACGUGACGUUUAUCACUAACCGAGAUCGACAUUCAGAAUACUCGCAGACACUCGCACCAUUUAUUCUGCGUGUAGCUCGAGAAAAUUUCUUUAGUUUUAGGUUCAUAUAUGAACUGAGAAACACCAUGUUGUCACCAGAGGAAGAAGACAGAAUUUUGCAAGUUCCUAGGGACAAGCGGACAUCCAACAAUAGAUAUCUUAGACUUACAUCAGAAUUAAAACAGCCUAAGCUAGAGAAUGAAUUGUCUGUUAGGGCCAAACUUUCUGGAACAUCUAGAUCAUCUUCUAGCCACACUUCUGUAUUUUCAAAAAAACCAAACAAGAAAAAUGAAACUUGUAGUAUCCCUCUUCAUAAAAACACACAGGAAUCAUAUUUUCCCAUUCAUACAACCAACGUAGGCUGUAGACCAAAGAGUGGGAAUUGGAGACAAACUGGUUUUAAUCUAGAAUCAGCCAAUGGAGGCCCACCUACAAGACCUGUACAGAAAUUCCAACAGCUUUUGCAACAGGACAGCAGAAUCAGAUCAAGCCAACACAGUCUUAUUAGACAAGAUAGAGACAAUGGGAAUAAUGAAAAAAAGGAUCAAGAAAAUUCAGAAAAGCCUCGCAGCAAGCAACCGUAUAAGCGCUAUCCCUUGAACUUUUCUGGUGUACAGAAAAUGAUGGCUGAAGACACUGAACCACACAUCAUUGCUCAAAAAUUUUCUGACGAAAGUGCUGGCCUUCGUCAGUUUUUAGAUAGCAAUGCUACAAAUUGGGAGGCUACUGAGCUAGUCAUUUCAGUCAUUGGAAACUUCUGCCAGAAUAAAGGAGUAGUGAAAUUUCAUAAUGCCUUUAUAAAAUUCGUUCAGAUAUUAGCUACUAAGACGGUAUUUGCUAAUUUGGAUUCCACUAUACUGCACAUACCAAAAUCUCGAUCUACGAAUCUUGGAUCAAAAAUGGCACGUAUGAGUCGUCUCAUCAGAAGCAUUAGUUACUUGACAACCGAAAUGCUAACCGUGAUGCCGGCACUCACAUGCGAUUAUUUGGGAGAAAGAUUUUUUGAAGACCUCAUUGCUUUAAAAAACCUCCCGUCUAUCAGAGACAUAAAUGUUGGCGAGGAUUUCGACUUUCUUCAGAAAGAGGGAGCUGAUCGCUUAAAGAAUGCUUGGGAACAACAUUCAAAACAGAAACCCCAGGGUAAUCUAAAUCAAGUGAGCAGAAUGCAACGACAGGAGUUGCUAUCACUCAUGAAACCACCGGAUGAUUUUCGACAGCUCAGCGUUAUGCCACAAUGGGAUGAUGUGUGUGAUAAUGCCCAACCUUUCUUGAGGCCAAACAUCAUCAGAGGAAGCUAUCCAGACGUCGAAACAUACCUGGACAUUCAAUUCCGAUUGCUGCGUGAAGAUUUUUUGAACCCAUUGCGGGAAGGACUUGUAGCUUUCCGAACUAAGAUAGGAAAACAACAAAGUCAGCAAAUUCGUGUGGACAACAUCAAGUUGUAUUAUAAUGUGAAGAUCAAAGACGACGAUGUCCAGUCCAACGACAUUUAUUUAUUGGAGUUUUCUACCAAAGGCUUUGAACGUGUUAACUGGGAAGGAAGCAAGCGGUUGCUUUUUGGAUCCCUACUUCUACUGUCGGACAAUAACUUCGAUUCCUUCAUGCUCUUCACCGUUGUAGACAGGAAACCGGAUCAGCUAUCGCGUGGCAGAUUCAGAGCGAAGUUUGAAGGUGAAAUCUUACCUGCAUAUGCAAAGAAAACCGAUCUGAUUAUGGCUGAAUCUUCGGUGUUCUUCGAAGCCUACCGGAGUGUUUUGAUCGCAUUACAGCGUAUUAGUCCGUCUCACUUUCCGAUGGAAGAUUAUAUUCUUUGUCGUAAUACUUUACCUGCCGAACCAGAAUACUUGAAAUUAAUUCCAAACCCAGUCUACGACUUGACCCCUGUGCGAAAAGCAUUUUCGGCACCAUCGACUGCACACACUGAUGAAGAAGAAGAGGAAAACGACUCCUCUCACAAUGCAGGCAAUCAGUUGCAUCCUAUGGUACAAAGACUGUUAAUGCGUGUGCCAAUUUUUGACGAACAAAGCUUACCUGAUGCCGACACCCUUGGAUUAGAUCCCAGCCAGGCUGAAGCUCUUUAUGCCGCUUUGACUAGAAAACUGGCUGUUAUUCAGGGGCCUCCAGGAACGGGGAAAACAUAUCUGGGCCUGAAAAUUGUUCAAACGUUGCUUCACAACCAGCAGUAUUGGGUUGGACUGGCAAAGCCGCAACCAACUCCCAUAUUAGUCAUCUGUUACACGAAUCACGCACUGGAUCAGUUCUUGGAAGGAAUCAUGAAGUUCACUCAGAAAAUAGUAAGAAUCGGUGGACAGUCUAAGUGUGCAGCACUUAGUUCGUUUUCGCUUCGAGAAUGGAGACAGCAGGCCACCGUACGUGGAAAAAGACCUGGUCAAUAUCGCCAUUGGCUGUAUGAAGCUCGCAAUAAACUGAGUGAAACAAAAGGCGCACUUGAAAAGCAUCGAAGAACGCAAAAGAUAAUUGAAUCUUAUGGCAUAGUUUCCAGUGAUACCUUACUUAGUUUGGGAAUAUUGCCACAGCCUGUGUAUAAUAAGCUUUGCUUCCUGAGAAGUGCUUUUGACCGCCUGUCCGCGAUACCCCAUUGGCUUGGUAUCAAAUCUAUCCAGACUCUCAGGGACAUCUUUUGGGCUUUGAGAAACUGUCACCCAAAGCCACAACAGCCCUCAGCAAAAGCUGCAGAAGACCCUAUUUUAGAUCAGGACGAACCCGGUAACGAAGAAGAAUGGGACAAAGAAGAUGUGGAAGAAAUCGAAGGGCAAAGAAUAUUGGACGAUGGCGAAUACCUGUCAAAACCUGCCAGUUCGAAAAAGGAAAAGGAACGGACAACAGGAAACGCAAUGGAAAUCGAUGAUGUCACCUUUGUUAUUUCUAUCGCAAAAAUGGACCAGGAAAUCAAUUCUUUAGAAGUUGUACUGGAUCAGUUGCAGGGCGAAGAGGCCCAGUCUAUUUUGGCCAGGAUAGCUCAUAUUCAGCAACAAAAGGAAUAUUUGAAAGAGAUUCUUGAACUUCUCCCAGUGGUAGAUGCCGAAGAGUACCAGCGAUUAAUUGAGAGGGAUCUUGUUCAGUUACCUUACCUGGACCGAUGGAAAAUCUAUUCUUUUUGGAGAGCGAAAGCCUUAGAUGUCUGGGCUGAUAAGAUAAACUCGUUAAAUUUGCAAGUCCAACAACAAACGAAUGAAAUGAAAGACGUGGAAACUAUCGAGACAGCAGAGAUUAUUCGCGUAGCACAUGUUGUUGGAAUCACAACCACUGGAGCUGCAAAGAAUAGGGCACUGCUCGAACAUCUGAAGUCGAAAAUUGUUGUUGUCGAAGAAGCAGCCGAAGUUUUGGAAGCCCAUAUUGUAACUUCCAUGUCCUCGUCUUGCGAACACUUAAUAUUAAUUGGUGAUCAUCAGCAACUGCGGCCUCCUACAACGGUGUACAAGCUUGCGAAGGAUUACCAUUUAGACGUAUCGUUAUUUGAACGAUUGAUAAAAAAUGGUGUGGAAGCAAGUGUUCUCGGUGUUCAACACCGAAUGCGAACAGACGUGGCGAAACUGAUUGUUCCAGCAAUUUAUCCGAAUUUGAAAAAUCAUCCGUCGGUGCUGAACUAUUCCAAUGUCCCUGGAAUGGCAGAAAACGUCUUUUUUCUAGCGCAUGCAGAACGCGAAAAGGGGGACAAAUCAGAUCAGGAGAGUCGCAGUCACUUGAACCCUUACGAAGCAAACAUGUCUUUGGCUCUAGCUCGCCACCUCUUGAUGCAAGGCUUGGAACCCAGCAAAAUUACGAUCUUGACAACAUAUUCCGGGCAGUUAUUGCAUUUCAAAAAAUUGCGACGAAAUCACGCUAUUUUACAAGGUGUCCGCAUUACGAUUGUUGACAACUUCCAAGGUGAAGAAAAUGAUGUCAUCAUUCUUUCAUUGGUGCGAAGCAACGAAGAUGCCAAAGUUGGAUUUCUGAAGACAGAAAAUCGCGUUUGCGUUGCCUUGUCGCGAGCGAAAAAGGGAUUUUAUCUAAUUGGCAAUAUGGGGAAUCUGGCCACAAGUAGCGACCUUUGGCGUAAAGUUAAAAACGUUUUAACAUCCAACGGACAAAUUGGUCCACAUUUUUACCUGCGAUGUGAAGUUCACCAAACAACUAUUAAGGCAAAUGACGAAUCCCAUUUCCCACCAGAAGGUGGAUGUUUCGUCAAAUGUCUUACCCAAAUGCCCUGCCGGCACAUAUGCCCCAAAAUUUGUCAUGUCGAGGAUCGUGAGCAUACACGACAGAAAUGCCACGAAACUUGCUUACGCUACUGUGCCGUUGGACAUAAGUGUCCCAAAAUAUGCUACCAAGAUUGCAAUCCAUGUUUGACGAGGAUCCCAAAAGUCCUUGUACCAUGCAAACAUACUCAAAUUACGGAGUGCUAUCGAGAUCCAGCUACAGAAGAUUGUCUUACUAAAGUCGUCAAGGCGUUUACUGCUUGCCAACAUACCAUUGAACUACACUGUAGCAAACCCAUUUCCGAAGUCAAAUGCCCAGAGCUGUGUGGCAUGCGUCUUGAUUGCGAGCAUAUCUGCAACCGUAUCUGUCACAAAAGAAGCUCUCAUGCAAAAAUGGCAUGUGAUCAACCGUGUCGCCGUUUUAUAUGCCCGGAGAAGCAUCCAUGCCCGAAGAAAUGUUUUGAAAAAUGCGGGAAAUGUAUGUUCGACGUUGUUAAGAAAUUGCCCUGUGGACACGACGGGACAAUUAAAUGCUGGGUGCUUCCUAAAGACGCCUACUGUAAUGUCAAAGUUGAAAGAAUUCUUUCCGACUGUCAGCAUACAGCCUUCUUCGACUGCAGCGAACCUACCAAAGACUACAAAUGCAAACGACAAUGUGGGAGACUGAUGUGUAACGAUGGACAUGUAUGUCACAAGCCUUGUUAUGAACCGUGUGGCCCUUGCAACGUUCAGGUUCAGCGCACACUAAAGUGUGGACACACAACGCAAACAGCUUGUUACAAAGAUCCCUUGACAAUCAAAUGCAAGUUUCCGAAAGACGUUGUUCUUCCUGGUUGCCGCCAUAGAGUUGAGAUACUUUGUAGCGAAUCCCCUGAAAAAGCCGUUUGCCCAAUGACAUGCGAUACUCGCCUCGAUUGUGGCCACCAAUGCACAGAAUUGUGUCACGUCAAAAAAGAUCCUAACCAUGAAAAGUAUAUCUGCAAGAAAGCUUGCAGCCGGAAAAAGAUCGAUUGCAAAGAAAAUCAUAAAUGUGGGAAAAAAUGCUUCGAAGAUUGUGACCUUUGUUUAAUUAAAGUCAACCGGACCCUGCUUUGCGGUCAUUCUCAAAUUGCUGAAUGCUUUUUGAGUGAGGAACAAAUCAAGUGCAAGGAAAUGGUCAAUAAGACUAUUAUUGAAUGUAUGCAUCCCAUCCGCAUUGAGUGUUCGGUCCUAGCGACUCGCCGGUUAUGCAAACAGCCCUGCGAAAAAUACUUGAGCUGUGGCCAUCAGUGCAAGAAGCAAUGCGGGGAAACAUGCACGCCGUUGGCCUGUCAAGAACCAGUUGAAAUUCGUAUGUUAAGCCCAUGUGGUCAUCCAUUCGUGAAGAGUUGCAGCGAUUAUCACACAUCCCGUGUGGUAACCGAGUCGCAGGCGGAGGAAUUUCUACAAUCAUGUCCGCAACGUUGCCAAGCCACAUUGACUUGUGAACAUCCUUGUAAAGGUUCUUGUGGAAAGUGUUUCAACGGCCGUCUUCAUAAAACUUGCGCAGAAAAAUGUGGACGUACCCUGGUUUGCGGCCAUAGCUGUAAUGUAGAUUGCGCUGUUUCCUGUCCACCUUGUAAGGAAACGUGCGAAUACCGUUGCCGACACAGCAGGUGUCGUAAGAAAUGCUGCGAGCCUUGCGUUGAUUGUGUUGAGCCUUGCGAUUGGAAAUGUGACCAUUAUACUUGUACACAAAAGUGUUACGAGCUUUGCAAUCGCCCCCGCUGUGAUGAGCCAUGCCGUAAACGUCUCCCAUGUGGCCAUCGUUGCGUUGGACUUUGUGGGGAGGUGUGUCCCCCUCUUUGCCGUGUGUGUCACAAAGACCAGCUGACGGAAUUCGUCCUUUAUGGUAACGAGGACGACGAAGACGCCAGAUUCAUCUACUUGGAAGAUUGCAAGCAUACCAUAGAAGUAGAAGGAUUAGACCAUUGGAUGGAAAUGAAGCAGGAAGAAACGCAAGAAAUUCAAACGAAAUGCUGCCCGCGCUGCAAAACUAUCAUCCGUUCUUGUUACCGCUAUAAUAAUGUCAUCAAACGCAAUUUCGGAGACAUUCUGGAAGUCAAGAGGAUGCUUUUGCGCUCUCGUAUCAGCUCCAAGGAUUUCACCGAGAAUCUUUUAAAAAAAGUUAAACAAUCAGACCUCCAGAAUAAUGCUCUGGCGGGUAAGCUAAACCAUGGGAUAACUAAUAUCCUAGCCUACGGCCUGGACGGUAUUCGCAACGCCCUAAAUCCAACCGUGGUUCGAAACAAACCUCAGUUCAAAACAUUAGACACCGACACGCGCUACAUGAUUGAAGUUCAAGUAGACGUUAUAGAAAGAGUUUUGAGCUUCAUAGCGAACGCCCCAAAGAGUGGCUCCAAUCCCACUAGUCUUCAAGCUCCAACUGUUUCAAUGACUCGACCUUUGCUGGAAAAUCUGUUAAGCCGCGUAGAGCAGCUCCUUUUAUCGCUUUUUCAUCGCGAACGCUUCAAUGCCAAAGAAUAUGAUUGCUUUAUUGCCGAAGUCAAUCGAUUGGAUUUGGUUCGAGCCUUCUUCUUACUAAAGAGUGCAUCAUCCAUGCAUAACAGACAUUUAUUGGUCUCCGAGGAAAUCCGGCAAGUUGAAGACCUGCUUAUGAAGAACGUGAAAACUUUGACAGUAUCAAAUAUCAACAAAAUCAAAGAAAUUUUGCAAAAAAUGGGGCAAAAACUGAAUACGGGACUGGGCAUCAGCGAUGUCGAACGGCAGCAGAUAGUAAAAGCUAUGGGACUCGCCCAAGGCCACUGGUACAAAUGCCCAAACGGGCAUAUCUACGUGAUUACCGAGUGUGGCGGCGCUAUGCAAGAAUCUAAAUGCAAUGAAUGUGGCGCAAACAUUGGUGGAGGCAGUCACAGACUGCGUUCGGACAACGGCGUAGCAGGAGAGAUGGAUGGCGCUCGCUAUGCUGCAUGGUCAGAGCAUGCCAAUAACAUGGCUAAUUUUCAAUUUAAUGAUUAACUUUCCACAGUUAGCAUUAAGAAACGCACGUAAUAGAUUGAUUCGGUUAACUUUUGUAUUUUUAUAUAUGCUGCUUGUAAGUUGUAACAUUCUAAAACGUAUAUUCAUAUGCAUUCCAUUAUUCAUUUAUAAACCAGAAAUUAAACGAUUGUUUUGGGAAUUAUGGGAGAAAUCAAUAAACAACUGAUUAAGUUGUG